AUGGCUGCAUCUUCGCUGAAUAAUCUGGUUAACAACAGCGGUUCUUCGAUUAAUUGUGGUGAUGGAUUUUCGGGUAUAAUCCGGAUCGCCGUGUCAAUCACAUGCGCACAUACUCCCCCAUUGGGACAUAGUCAGGUGGAGUAUGAGCAUGACCAUGAGCACGAUGAGUCUGUUUCUGCUGCAGUCGUUGCAGCUGAUCUGAUCAGCUCUACACGCCUUGCACUCAAGCUUGACAGUGUGCACACUGAGUACUCUGCUCAGUAUUUCCUGGACAAAGUCGCUGUCGCUGGUCAAAGCCUCACUGUCAAAGAGUGCCUCGAGUUUGCCUUCAAGAAUGGGAUACCGAAAGCAGAAGAUUGGCCACUCUUGGGAUCUGGUGUCAAACCCUCGCCAUCUCACAAACCUGCUCUGGUUUCCAUGAGAGGAAAAGUGGAUGAGGCUGAUAACUUUGAGCAAGUACGUGAGGUGUUGAAGGAUCAACCGGUUGGAGCAAGAAUGCAUGUGUACACUCCACACAUUGAUCUUCAACAAGACGCAAUUUACUGUGGGCCGUCAGGUGAGGAAGCCAAGUUUGUUGGACUUAGAGAUGGGAUUGUGCUGAAAGUGGAGAAGAUCUCUGGAAAGUCGAUUGCAACAGUGAAGGUGUGGUACAAGAAGGAGUUUGUGGUUGUCAAGGUGGCUGUGAGCAGGAUGUUUUACUUCUCCCAUCUGGGCAUUGGGCCAGCAGGUCUGCUUGUUGACUUUUGUAUCCCACGCCUAUCCAUGGAUUAA